GAGUGGGCUGGUUCAGUGUCUUGGAGUCUUCCUACAGAGAGCGCAGGGAAGAAGAAGAAGAAGUUCGCACCAGUUUGCCUCCAAUCCAGUGGAGGUUUCAAUAGCAGCAGCGCGGCAGGGGAGGGACGCACUGCCAGCACUCAGGAUACCCACUCAUACACACACUCGCACACACUCCUGCCCACUAGAGACCAGUUAAAUCCGCAAGAAAACUGCAAACACGCACCAGAGCAGUCGCUUAAUCCGAUUGAUAGGCAACAACAAUAGAAGUGAAAACUGUGGAAACUACUGGAUACUGUAGAGGAAAACUUGUAUUUUGAUUUUUUUUCUUUUUUUUCCUUUUCUUUUUUUUUUGGCUUUUAAUCGCAUUGCCUUUAGUUGUGAGGCACUUUUUUUCCCCUUGGUGAUAUCAAAGUGGCUCUGACAUCCAGGAGCGGCAUCCUUCUGAAUAUUUCCUCGUUUCAUAUUGUGGAAGAAUGAGGCAGUGCAAAGGCUGGAGUGCGGCGCUGCUGGUGCUGUUGGUGCUCGGAGCUGUGGCCCAGAAACUGCCUACAAGAGACGAAGGGCUCUUCCAGAUGCAGAUCAGAGACAAGUCGCUGUUCCACGACUCCUCCGUCAUACCAGAUGGAGCAGAGAUCAGUGGCUACCUGUUCAGAGACACGCCCAAAAGGUACUACUUUGUGGUAGAAGAAGACAACACACCCCUGUCUGUGACUGUGACACCUUGCGAUGCUCCUCUGGAGUGGAAACUCACCCUGCAGGAGCUGCCUGAAGAGGCCAGUGGAGAGGGAUCAGGGGAGCCUGAACCUCUGGACCAGCAGAAACAGCAGGUGACUGUAGAUGAAGGGACGGAGCUCUUCACCUACAAGGGGAACGAUGUGGAGUCCUAUGUGGCCACCAGUACGCCCUCUGGCCUCUACCAGCUGGAAUUACUGUCCACCGAGAAGGACAGCAACUUCAAGGUGUACGCAACCACUACUCCCGAAUCUGACCAGCCCUACCCAGAGUUGCCCUAUGACCCACGGGUGGAUGUGACCGCGCUGGGCCGGACCACCGUAACUUUGGCCUGGAAGCCGACUCCAACAGGCAUUCUGAUGGGCCAGCCUGUCCAGUACUGUGUUGUCAUCAACAAAGAGCACAAUUUCAAGAGCAUGUGUGCUGCUGAAGCUAAGAUCAGUGUUGACGAUGCUUUCAUGUUGGCUCCAAAGCCCGGCAGAGACUUCAGCCCAUUUGACUUUGCACACUUUGGCUUUGUUCCUUCUGACAAUGGUUUAGGCAAAGACCGAGGGCUAACAAGUAACAAGAUCUCACGGGCGUAUACAGCCAAGCCCAAGGUAUCAGACAUUCAGAAGGUGUGUAUUGGCAAUAAAAACAUUUUCACAGUGUCCGAUCUGAAACCAGACACACAGUACUACUUUGAUGUCUUCGCUGUGAAUUCUGCGACCAACACCAGCACAGCGUACGUGGGAACAUUUGCUCGCACAAAAGAGGAAGCUCGUCAGAAGACAGUGGAGCUGAAGGAUGGCAAAGUGUCGGAUGUUUUCAUCAAGAGAAAGGGCAGCAAGUUUCUCCGCUUUGCUCCUGUGUCUUCCCACCAGAGGGUCACGCUUUUUGUCCAUGCGUGCUUGGACGCCGUGCAGGUACAGGUGAGGCGUGAUGGGAAAUUGCUACUUUCCCAGAAUGUGGAAGGGGUGCGACAGUUCCAGCUGCGGGGAAAGCCAAAAGCAAAAUACCUGAUCCGUUUGCGAGGAAGCAGGAAAGGGGCCUCCACUUUGAAGGUCCUAGCCACCACAAAACCCAGCAACAAGCAGCCGUUCCCUUCACUUCCAGAGGAUACUCGCAUCAAGGCCUUCGACAAGCUGCGCACCUGCUCCUCCGUCACCGUGGCCUGGCUGGGCACGCAGGAUCGCAACAAAUACUGCAUUUAUCGAAAGGAAGUGGCUGACAAUUAUGGUGAGGAACAACGACGCAGGGAACAAAACCAGUGUGCUGGACCAGAGACCCGCAGGAAGUCAGAAAAGGUCCUGUGCAAGUAUUUCCACAGCCCGAACCUGCAGAAAGCUGUGACAACAGAGACCAUCACAGGUCUGGAGCCAGGCAAGACCUACCUGCUGGAUGUUUAUGUGGUGGGACACAGUGGUCACUCAGUGAAAUAUCAGAGCAAACUGGUGAAAACAAGGAAAUACUGCUAAAUGACUCUGCAAAGAAUAAAUCUAUUAUAAAUAUAUAUAUUAAAUAAGUUUAUUUAACUCUAAGUGAUAUUCUACUAAGGAGUGUAUACAGACUGACUACUCACACAGCUGAUGGGCCUGUGGCAGUGACUGAACUGUUUGUAGAGAGAGAUAUCAACCUGUAUAUUUAUGUUUACAUUUCAUUGUGGCACGUCUGGGUGGCCCAUAGCGUGAGGUGCUUUGUUACCAGACUUGUCUUCUUGACAUCAUGUUGCCACUGGGGAGGCAGAACUUCAAAGAAGAUCAUCUUUCAUCGUGUAUGUUUCUUUGUUGCUGCAUGACAUUUGCUUUUGUCCGUCAUAUUUGUCUGUUCCUUCAGUUUCAAAUCACGUUGACCGGAGGGGAUACAGUAGCUACCUGCAUUGUAUAGAUCUCUCAAUGCAUAUUUUCUUCAUGUUUUAGGAGAAUUUAAAUUAUUUUAUACUUUUUAUCUUUUUUUUGAUUGUCUGUUUUUAUUGAUGACAAUAGUAACUGUUACAAGAAAAUUCCAGGAAGUUUUUUGAGGAAGUUGUCGUAGUUCAGACAUUCCCCUAUGUAUCUCAGCCAGUGUUUGCUCUAGAGCCCACCUGUAAAUGUGUUCUGUGCUGGAGAUCUGUGUUAUUAUCACUGUAUCGCUGUGUGUGUCACAUGUACAGAGUUGUCCUGCCAAUAUUCAUGUACAUAAACACUAAAUAUAGAACAAGUAAUCCCUGUGUCACCCUGGGUGUCAUGUUCUUUUGCCAAGCAGUUAACAUCACAAUCAUGCUGCGAGUUGAAAGAGCGCGCUGCGUAUUGUGUUUAUGGAUCCAGACACCUAAAUUAGAGCUGCAUAAGCAGAACUCGAUACUCGGAGUGGUUUAAAAUGACAACUUGAUCCCAGUUGAGACUAUGAGUAUAAUUUACUUGCUGGAAUGAUUUUUUUAUGUUCAUAUAUAUACAUAUAAUUUUACAUUUCUUUUCUUAAGUUCUUUGAUGUUCUCUCAUCUGGUACCAAAGCUCCAAAUUAAAAACCUGGCUUUAUUCUUAUUUCCAUUGAUUUUUGCAGAGGAACAGUUAGAGAUAUCCCAGUGCAUCUUAGCAUACAUAAUGUAUGUGUUUCAAACAUUUAUAUAUCUUAUGUUGUACUGUUUAUAUUUUCUGCUCUGAAACUUGACCUACCUUUCAGAGACAAAAUGUAUGUUUUAACUCUUCAUAGUCUUGAGUAUACAGACCAUCUGUUUCACAUGGUCCCCUUAAAAUCCUUUUCUUUUUUGUAUAUAAGUGACUCUAUAAUGUGUUUUAUGCUCUGUUGCCUAAUGGAUGAAAUACAAAUGUGGUUACAAGGGAUGUUACUAAUCAGGGAAUUUGCAUUUUGUACAUGUUAGAUGUAUGAGCUCAGAUACCAUAUAACGACAGGCUGGAGAUUCUGA